AAUGAUAUUUGUUUAUCGUAAAUUAACAAUCAGUAGCAAAUAACCCUAAUAAUAUUCACAAACAGCAAAACGCAACAGGAUGUCAACAAAAUAGUUUGUACACUUUAUGCACUAACGAGUAUGAACGUUAUCUAAAGCAGGUGUCACUUACAACCGCAAACACUGAAAGUUUGAAAAUAAACCACAGCGUCGUAAAACUCUUAACAAAAUAAACUUAGCGAGGCGUUAAUCUCUCACGGCUGCAACAUCUGUACACAACAAGGGGAUGAAUACUUUGUCUUAAGCUCAUUUAGUCGAGAUUAUUGCUUAUUAAUGCUUUUUUAUCCAAUGACAAUUCAGUACAAUCUCUACGUAGAAAAACUAUAAUUUUAGUAUUAAAACCUUGUUGCAUAAGCUUAUAAUAAUAUACUUCUAUAUAGCUAUAAUUCUUAGCUUAUACAAAUAAGUUUCUGUUUGAAAGGACAAAAAAUUGAGUUGACUACUAAACCGAAAAGUCUAAAAUGAACAGUAUUUCUGUUUACAUUUUAGUUUGUUACUUUUUGAAUGACCCUUAUAGAACCUUUCGCUAGCAUAUUCAUUAGUGAGAAAGUAGAAUAUCGCCAAUUUGUGUUGUCAAUUUGAAGUUUAUUGAUUACUUAUUUGUAUUCCGUAUUAGUCUUAUAUUCCGGACAUCAUAACUUUAUCAAAUUGAAUAUCUCAAUGUCCAAAAAUUACCAAAAUGAAGCAUGCUUUUUUGUUUGGUUUUAAACUGAAAAUGCGAGUGAAUGAAGGGCGGAACUUUUCAUGUAAGAGAUGUCCAACUUAUACUCACCAUGUAUGUGGUUCAUUCAUACAAGGUACUUAGCUUGUAGACAGGCCUUAUCAGCCACGGCGUCAUUAACGAGAUGAAAAAGAAAAGAUAACGGUAAGAGCAUAUUUUGUUUGUGAAUGAAACCGCCAAUAUCGGCUCGCAUCGCAGAUGUCGGGACAUGACUCAUUUUGGAUCCGGCCCUGGGUACUUUAAGCCAUUUAAAUCUAUCGCGUCUGUUCCAUUUUCGAGAAUUUCCAAUAUUAUUUUAGAUAAGCUUUACAAAAUGUACUAAAUAUUCUUGUAAUUUAUUAUUACGUUGAUUUUCAGUUACGGUUUGACAAAUUUUAACAAUGUAUCAAGAUAUCAUUGGCAUAUUAUAUGUUUCUCUGUUUUAUAAAUUAACCUACUUAUAUCUUUAACAAGCCUUUGUUAAACAGAACAUAAGUUGAAGUUUUCGGUUUCAAAAAUACAUCAAAAAUUAAACUUUAUUACCUAACUAACCUCAACUUAAUUAUAUUAUCGAUAAUAGAACGUAAAGAAUAACAGAGGGAAUAACAAACAUACAUUUAUUUUAAUUGCAAGUUUGUAAAGCCGCGGUGCAUCUUGAGGGGAAUAUAUUUAAGAUACCUGACGUAAGGAUAUGCUCGGAAUGAAUGAGAAACGAUAAAUAACGCGCCAACAUCGUUCAUGUCGCUGUGGGCGAUUGUAACAGAAAUACUUGUACAUUUAACAUACGUUUAGUAAUAUUUACAUUAAACUUAUAUUAACUAUAUUGCAAAUGAAUCUGAAAUCUUAAUGCAGAUUUCUUCUCCCUCUUUCAUAUGAUCAAACCAAUAGAAAACGUAGCAAUUUCCUACUAAGACAAAUUGUCAAGUCCAUUUAGAUGCGUUUCAUGUGGUUUAUUGUAAACGAAGUUAUUUAGAAAGCUUUUGAUAAAAAUGAUUUUUAAAUCGGCAGAAAUUUGACGUAGGUCGCUAAAGAUAUUAUAUCGCUAAUAAUCUGGUACGAUAUUACAACAUAAAAAUGUAUUAUUAUCCGUGCAGAGUCGGAGCAAGUUACUAGUUAAUGCGUUUACUCAGCUAUCGCUAGUGGAGGUCAAUAAUAACAAACAAAAAUUUAAAACAAAAUAAAACGGCUACGAUGAUUGAAUUACGUUCAAAUCAUAACACCGUGUUUUAGAAAUACAGACGGUAUCGGGUGCCGUUGGACAGAUGCUUUUACGUACAGACAGACAGUGAUAUCUUGUAUGUAUUGACAGGUGACGGGAGCAAUCAACAGUGCGUGUGUAUAUACAAAUUUUAAUUAACAAAAUCUUGGCGCGUUCGUCUGACUUUUAAUUUAAAAAAAAAAAUGGAAAUGUAAUAUGCAUUUAUGUAUUCUUUAAAAGCAGUAGUUAAUGUGAAGAUACGAGUGUUUAAAUUCUUAAAAAAUAAAUGAAAUGCUCCGUAAAUACUGAAAUAAACGCAGUUUAGUUUACAGAGUUUCCAAAUUUAUUUUAUAAAACUUUUAUUAGCCGAUGUAAACCUCCCAAAGUUUUGUAAUAAAUCGUACAAUUUUAUUUGCGUCUCUAAGGUAACUAUAAGGAAAAAAAUGUGCACUCAGAGAGCAAAAUCUUCCGUGCGUAAUUUUUGUUUUUAAACUCCAUACCCAAAAUUAUUCAUUAAACGAAAUAUAUACAUACUAUACAUUUACUUUACUUAUUCGUACAAAUGACUAUUUUCAAACCUACAGGAUGAUUACCAGAGCUGUAAAAAUGUCAGAUCCUGUAACAUUGUACAGACCGCGUCUAACCGUGAGCGGCAGAGAUAAAAUAAUUAAAAUAUUUAUAAUAUAUAGUAGAAGGCAUCAUCGCGGUGCGGCCGUGGGAUCGAGCUUUGUGGUCCGAUUGCGUCAAAGAUAUUUUUAGUAUGGCGGCGACAGGACGACGCGACUGCACAAAAAAUUUUCAAGGAAGGGUGGCGCCGAUUCCUGCCUUACCUACGACUUGUCUCAAAUUUCAGUAUCGGAAAGUCGUAAAAUUUUAUAUCAUACAAUAUUUAAAUAUCGUCGCUAGUAAUUAAUAUUUAUUCCUAAGUAUUUAUUCGUAUUUUGGUGAAGUUCGUCUUUAAUGAAUAAUUCCAAAAUAAAUAUAAACAGAUAAAAUAUUAAUGGUAGAUAGACAGUGAUCGAUUACUUUUGCUACGGUGCUAUAACAUCGAUGUCUGGCGGGCUGGCGGGCAGGAUGCGCGCUCACCGAUGCGAUCGGCCAUGGCGUCCGAACGUAUAUAAGUAUACCUAGGACUACUAUGUAGAAGCAGUAAAUAUGGAUGGAAAAUGAUGGACAAGAUAAAUACAAACCGGUCAACGAUCGACGCGGCUCCACUACGUCUGUCCUUGUCGCACUCGAAGGAUUGCAAAAGCGCGGGCGGGGGGCGGCGCGCUGGGCGGGAGGUGCGAGUGGAGAUGGUUAUUUUUUGUGCGUUGUCAAUGAAGGGACGGGUAGGGGCGGUCCGGCCCAGGAUCUCUCAGUCACCAGCCGCACGCGACCGCGACAGCUACGCGCACGCGCACAUGCCGAGUCUACCGAGAAACAUGAACUACGACAGUUGUGAUAGAAUAGUGCCCAUCAAACGCGAGGAGGAUCCCGAUUGCCGCGAUGACGACGAGUACUACCGAUAUGUGCCCGUCGAAGUGAAAAGACACGAUCCACAAACGUUCGCGCCCUCCUCGCCGACACACCUUAUGGAUUUGAGCAACGGAAUCGAAAGACCAGUGCUACAGCAGGCUUGGCCCAACAACGUGAUAUUCGACAGCGAGGAUCGAGACUACCAGCAGCCGCAGUAUCCGCCGUACGACCAACUCUACAUGGCCGAUCAGAGACAGAGACAAUUACCUCGGACAUUCUACUUCGACGAUUCCAAUUCCCAGGACAGAGUGAACGGAUUCUACGAAAACACCGAAGCUGCGAAGAUCGGGGAAACGUCGUAUAGAGCGUCGACAGAGGAACGGAGCGACGACAACGACGAGCAGAGAAGAUCGAGGAAGCGGUCCUCGAAAGCUUCUAGAAAGAAAACGCAGUCGUUCGAAGAGAUGCAGAUCCAACGGGUGAUGGCGAACGUGAGGGAGCGACAAAGGACCCAGAGUUUGAAUGAGGCGUUCGCGAGCUUGAGACAGAUCAUACCUUCUCUGCCGAGCGACAAGCUGUCCAAGAUCCAGACGCUGCAGUUGGCGACGCAGUACAUAGAGUUCCUGUACCAGAUUCUAUCGAGCAGCGAGUGCGCGGCGAGCGAGGGCGGCGAAGCGGCCGGCGAGCACGGCAAGUACCUCGCACAGGAUAAGUUAAGCUACGCCUUCUCCGUAUGGCGCAUGGAGGGCGAGUGGACAAACGGACAAACGUGAUAAUACCUCAAAUUCCAAAGACAUUGAUUAUAUUCCAUAUUAAGAUUGUUAAUUGAUUAAUUUGUAAGAAAAUGAAGUUUAAAUUAUUAGUUUUAAGUAGCGUUAAGUUGCACGUUGUGAUAGUUCUUGUAAGUGCGUAAGAAAUAUCAAAAACUAAAUAAAUGUGAUUAUUGAUUAAGUAAUAUUAAGUAAUCUUCAGUAGUGAAGUUGUAAAAUAUUAUAAAGAUAUACAGCUGUAUACCAAAAAGAUGAUUUGUAAUGUUGUAUAACAUUUUUAUGGACCAAAUAUUAAAUAAAAACUUGUUUAUUGCUAAAUUGCCUGUUAUUUUAAUUUGGGGUAGAAAUUAAGGAAAACUUUGAUAUAAUAACAUAUUUAUUAUGAAUAUCUAAUAUUUAUUGAUCAAAGCUAUCGCGCUAUGGUCAAGCUUGUUAAAAGGAGGUCUUAAGGUCUUUUUCUACGUAAAAACAUUGAUAUUACUGUGGCGGAUCAUUAGUAUAAAUUUAGAAUUAAUAGUAAAUUAUAACUUAAAAAAUUGUUUCCUAACUACCAUAUAAACAUGAUUUCUUUAUUUCCAUCGUUGUAACAACACAAAGUUUCCCCUCGUACCCCACACCUUUAGUACAAAUAUUAAAUCUUAUUCUACUACCAUAUACAUUACAUUAACUAAAGUUAAAUUUCACAUUUGGAACAAUUAUAUGAAAACAGAUAGUACUUUAUGAAAGAAUUAAAUACAUUAUUUUCAUAUAAAUUAUUCAAUAGAGCAAAAUAGAGCAAACCCAUACGUACGUAAAAAAAUUUACAAAUAAGUUUUGGCAUUUUGCCAAUUUUACUUAUAUUUACUAAUAUACA